AUGGCACUUGCCCCAAAGCCUUUUCGUUUAGCAUUUCUCGGUUGUGGCGGAAGUCCAAUCUCCGAAAUUACCGUUGCUCUCAGCCGGAAAGAAUCAGCAACACGCCUCCAAAACCAGUUUCCCGACAGCCUAGCCCAAGUGAAAUUUGUUUGGCGUGAAAAUGUCAAAGCAACGGCAAGUGCAGACGCUAUCCUAUUUGCCUUCCCUCCGGAUCAGAUCCAGGGAAUUCUGGGAGAUGUCGAAAUGAGAGAAGCUCUAGAACACAAGGCCAUCAUCAGCAUUCUUGCGCGAACCCCAACUGCUGAAAUCACCCGUCUUCUAGGGGAUCAUCAGACACCCGGAAAUGGAAACACCCAAAUUAUCCGCGCGAUGCCAACCAUAGGGGCAGAAGUCCAUGAAUCGGCAACCCUCAUCGCUGAACCAUCUAGCAAAGCAACAGAGGCGAUGGAAUUAGGUUCGUGGAUCUUCAAUCUCGUUGGAAAGGUCCUUCACGUUUCUGACACUUAUUUUGACACUGCGACUGGAAUGAGUGCAUUCUGCAAUUCCCUUACAACAGUGGCGAUACAAGCAGUUGCGCAAAAGGCCGUUGCUGAAGGGGUCCCCGUGGAUCAUGCUAUCGCUAUUUCCUCUCAGUGCAUUAGAGGGACAGUGAGUUUGAUUUUGGAGGGAACUCCGCCUGAACGGUUGAAAGAGGCAUUAUCUGCUCCCGGAAGCAUAACUGGACAGGCUAUUUCAAGGCUUGAAGAGCGAGGGUUGUUGGAAUUGGUUGAUUCAGAGCUAACUGUAGCUAUUCCCAGGGCACGGAAUCGGACCUAG